AUGCAGAUGCAGCUGGAGGAAUUGAUUCUGAUUGAUCAACUAGAGGAUCAAAUCAUUGAUCAUCCUGAUGCAUCGACAAAAGAGGAGUUAAAUGAAUCAUUAGAUGAAACGUUUCAAAAGAAAUUAAACGCAAGAGCGUCACAAAUAAGAUCAACUAACAAUGAACCAAGAAACCAAACUAAAGAAACAAACCAAGAUUCUUCUUCGGUUAACUAUCAGUUUUUAAUUACUAAAUCCCAUCUAAACUAUGAAUAUCAGGAUUAUAGUCCAUUGGAUCAAGAGAUCAGUGAAUGGUUCACUCUACAUGAUUUGAAAAUUAUCGGUGGGUUAAACAAUCUAAUUCAUUGUUAUGAUUCAGAAAGUGGUAAUAUUGAAAACAUUAUCGUUAAUAUCAAAUCCACAUCAAAAAUACAGGAUCUUUCUUCUAAUCAAGUUAAAGCUUUGUUAUAUUUCAGUUUUGGAGAAUAUGCGUCACAAACCACUAAAACAAACCAAUUGGAUCAAAUAAAGCGAAAUAAUUUACGAUUAUUACAAAAGGAAGUUUAUAUCCCUUUAAUCAUGAUGUUGGAAACAUUCAUACUGGAAAGGAUAGAAUUUGAUAAACUGCAUGAUGAAGCUGGUCGUCAAUUAUGCAGCAAACUUGAAUCAGAAUAUUUCCGUAUUCUCACAUUAUUAUUCUUCAUGAUUAGCACAGCAUUGGAACAUCGACAAAAUGCUAUAAAAUUCAAGAGAUAUUUAUUUGAAUGUGAUUUUCUUACAACAUUGUUGAAAUUUAUCGAGCAUUGGAAGUGGUAUCCAAGUGGAUCGCACCGUAUUCGAUAUUUGAUUUUGUUAGUCAAUAAACUAUUAUUCUUAGAAUUGGGUGAUUCGAGCCAAUUGAAAGAAUGUGACGAUUUUCUAGUCAAACUUCACAAUGUUCAAAAUAAGAAAUCAAAAACCAAACUGGAUAAUACGUUGACAUGUUCCCCAUUGGAUUACUUUGUUUUUCGAGAGGAUUUGCUAGACAAAUAUCCGUUAUACGAUGAAAACGAACUAAAACCAUAUGAUUUUAGUGCAAUUAAAAAAGCACUAGAUGAAGAUGAUACCAAUGAUGACACAUCUAGUAUUAAUAGUCAUUCUAGUACUAUUGAAGGUAAAUAUAGGUACUUCAUGGCAGUCCACAGCUCUUCCAAUUCACUUUCGAAUUUGAUUGAACCACCAAAGACUAACAAGUCACAUUCAUCAUUGAGUAAACUACCAACACAAACCAUCCACAUUGCCACACCAGUACCUUCUCCACAGUUGAUGGCGUCUGAUUACAUGUCUGGCGGAGAGAAGAUACGUAGAUCAUACCAAUUGAACCAAGCAAUGCCGAUGAUUUACCCUACUGAUGAUAACAACAAUUUGAAUGUUCCAUAUGCCAUGAAAGAAGCGGAUGAAAUUUUGAAGAAGGCUGUUUACGAGAGUUACUCGACAAAGAGAUUAUGGAAGGAAAGAGAAAUCUUUAUGAAACAAGAAAGAGGAUUUUCUGAUGUCUAUGAAGAUGAGGAAGGAACUCAUAAAGAUGAAUUUGAGUAUGAUUACGAACAAUUGAUGAAGGAGUUUCCAGAUCGCCAACAGGAAAUUGAAUCUAUGGAAAGAGUUGAAUUGUUAUAUUCACGCAAUUUAAGUCGUUUACAUACCAUCGUGGAAGUAUUAAUGGAGACAAUCAAAGUAAAUCGAUUGGACUACAACUUGAAUUUCACUGAAUUGGAAUUGAACCCUGAAACAUCGAUCAUACAGAAUAAAAACUCCCGCAGAAAUGAAGACACCAAAAGACAAGUUGAAUUGGUGUUGUUGCUGCAGUUGGAGGUCAAUAAUGUUAAAGAAUUGACUCUCAAGGCAAGUACUAGUAUUAUUUUGUUGCUUCUAAAAUGGUUUAAAAUAAGCCAUGUGUUGAAGUCGUACUACUUUUCUUCAUUAUUGUUUGAUCAACAGUUUUUCACCAUUUCUUUAGACUAUCUCAGCAGAUGUUUCAACAAUGCUAACUUGCAAAGUACAUCCACUACUAAGAAGGAUGAAUUGACUGAAUAUGAAAUAUUAAUUAAUCAAAAUAAGUUGAUGAAUCCAAAGAUUAUGUUACCAAAGUGUGAUUUUUUCAAUAAUUGUUUACAGCAAGAAGUGGAGAAUCAGAAGUAUGUAUUGAUCAACAAGUCAUUCAUUCAAGAUUUAAAAGAGGAAAUUGAUGAGAACAAUGUGAAUCAUGUCUACAUAUCCGAUUUCAAUGAUAAUUUUGCUUAUAUUUUGUCAAAUAUGUUGAAAAUCACAAACAAGAUUUUGAUCAAGAACCAAUCCCAACGAAUCUUCACUCUUAAUGAUUUAAAACCAACUGAAUUAUACAAGAUGAUUUUGUUAAACUACGAAUGUGAUCCAUUCAACCAACCAAUAUUAAGAACAUUGAAAAAAUUGAUUCCGUAUCAAGGACGUAAAUGGAAGGCUGCAAAUAUGGAUCUUAUAAGUCAAAUAUACUUGAACUUGAAAUUAUCAAUGAAAGAUAAUUGGUUGAGUGGGAAAGAUUUAGAAAGCGAUUUUAAUAAUUCCUUUGAUCAAGAAAUUGCUUUAAGAGGAUUGUUGCAAUUUUAUAACGUUAGAAGGUACCCUGCUCAAAUGGAAAUGAUGGGUUAUCAAGUUAAAGAUGAUCUUAUGAAUAUCCCCCAAUUGGAUUUAAAUGUCAUGAAUGAAAUUGUCGGUGAUAGUGAAUUUAUAUGA